ACAACUAGAAAACAGCAGUAGGCAAGAACUAGUUGAAAAAGAAGAGGAGGGGAAGGUCAUUUGUUCUCGCUGCGCCGCACACUAAGAUCAGGUUCGAGCUUAACGGAUCUCAUGAUUCCAGAAUGAUGCAAGCAAGUUUAUGCAAAAAGCUCAAGUAUUUCAGCACAAGCGCAGAUCGAUCGUUUGCUCUCUGCUUCAAAGUCGACAAAAUCUGCUACAAAUCAGCAAGAAAGAGAGAAAGAACAAAGAGAAAACGAAACGACAAGCAGAUCGAACAACGACUAGGACAUACAAACACCGCUGAUGUCAUACCAUCUCUCCCCACCAGCAUCGCAAGCAGGAGGUGGCUACUCCUCCGUCGAGCCCUCGGAAAACGACUCAGACUCGUCUAUUCCCGACCGCGACGACGAAAUCGAUCUGCUCUCUGCAAACAGCCACGGCCAGGCCGGCGGCCACGUCCUGCACCACCACCGGCGGCGCAAAUCAUCCGCUGUGCCGGAGGAUCCCGUCGUCGCGGCAGAAAGCGCGGGUGCAGGCGGGGUACAGCAUGGGAUCCGGCAUUUGAAGGAUAUGGUCGAGAGCGGACUGUCGUUGUUGCCGGCCGAGUCUGCGGAGUCGGUGGAGGCGCGCAGGAGGUUGGUGCCGGAUACAAAGUGGAAGCUGUACGAUCCGCAGCCGUUUCUGUCGCACAUCCUGCAUCCGCAAUCAAAGACCGAGGACGCGACUCCGCCUGCACAUCAGCACCAGCAUAAGCCCCAUGAUCAUCACCACCAUCAUCAUCAGCAUCACAAGCAGGAUCCGGCGAUGGCAAAGUCGGCGCCGUCGAGCAGGGCGGGUUCGUGGAUUUCCCAGAAAUCACCCGUGUACGACAAGGCGCACUACACGUUCUCGCCCGCGCGCGAGAAUUUUGAGUGCUUUCUGCACGGCGGGCGCAGCAGCACCAGCAAUAAACCGACAGCAACCGACUCGGUCUCGUCGCUGGGCUCGGAGGAGCAGGAGAGCGAGAGCAUAAGGCAGUCUGUGGGCUCAGAGUCUUCGGGCGACGAAUCUGAUGACUCGGAUGUUUCUGUGCGUCCGAGGAGGUUAGAGCGUCGGUCGUCGACGUUCUACGAGGACGCGACGAGACGGGCGUCAGAGACUGCGAGCGCGUUGCAUACGAGGGCGCAGACGAGGGCGCAGGAAGUCUCGAGCGCGAUGGACGCGAUCCAGUCGAAGAUUGCGAAUUUCCAUCUGAAUGUGCAUUCGCGGGCGUCAGAAGAAGAGGAGAAGAGCUACGGACCGAGCGAGCGGGCGACAGCAGAGACGGAGAAGAGCUACGGGCCGAGGGAGAGAGGGGGGACGGAGACGGCGCCAAAGUACGCGCACUUUGACGACGCGCAUUAUUCGCGCGACUCGCUGGUCAGGCGACGGACGCGCGUGGGCGGGAGUCAUUCGGGGAAGUUUGAGGAGGAGGAGAGUGUAGCUGAGCAGAAGGAUGCGGAGAGGGAGGAGGAAGCAGAGGAAGAACAAGGGUAUGAGUUUCAAUCGCGCAAGUCGGUGGCGGCAGGGCCGGCGAGUGUGGGAGAGGUGAAGGUGCUGCCUAGGGAGGUCGAGCAGGAUCUGCUGAGACGGAAGAGCGCGGAGGAUGAAGAGGCAGUAGUGCAUGCGGCUGCGGGAGCGUCGUCGUCGUCGUCGUCGUCGGCGUCGUCGCUGGGGAUGAGUAAGGUUGAGCGGAGGGUGAGUGAGUGGAAGCCUGCGCCGGGACUGGAAGGCAGACGGACGAUGAGUUUUGACUACAAUGAUUACCGGAAGCAGUUCCAUGGGCCGCUGAUGACGCCAGAGGAGGAGAAGCGGCCGGGGUUCAGUAGUCGGGAUGCAGAGUGAGAUGAUAAAUCUAUGUAAUAAGUCUGUUGCAACUAGGUUAUGACAGAAGACAGAGCAGAGUGGUUCCACGGCCCGCUGAUGACGCCAGAGGAUGAGAAGCGGUUAAACAAUGUAUUACUUAAAAGUUCAUAUAGAGUUAAACAAUGUAUUAUGCCGGGGUUUAGUAGUCGGGAUGCAGAGUGAGAUGAUAAAUCUAUGUUUUAAGUC